AUGCAUCUCUCGAGCGCCGCCGCCGCGUCGAGGACACCGUCCAAUGUGACUUUGAGGACGCAUCACGCGACGGUACGCGCGUCAAGUGGGGCUACGCGAUCGUGGAUGCGCGUAAAUACGUGUUUAGUGUCUUCUAGCGGGGUUUUAGGACGUAGAUGGACGAUCAGAGCGCGAUCGACGAGCGAAGAGGGCGAGCUCGGCGCAUUCGAGGCGCUCCCGGGCGUGCAGACGACGACGACGUGGGGGGGGGAUUGGGCCGAGUUUGUGGUGUUCAUGGCGCGAUUGCGCGAGUUAGGGUACACUGGCGUAGCUGAAGAGGUGGUGAGCGUGCGAGAGGAGGAGUCGAGCGCACCGGAGUGGGCGAGACCGGUCGCAAAGCCGGCGGAGGCGGCGGAGGCGGAGGAAGAGAGCGAAUUUGAGGAUUUGACGCCGACGGACGCGGGAGAGAUCAAGCGAUUGGUCUUAGCGUUCGCUCGAGAUCGACCUGAUUUGUUCGCUCGCUUGCCCGAUCGAUUGGUGUAUCAACUGAUCGAUUGGCCAUUGCCACGAAGGUUGAAUAAUCGCAAGCUAAACGCAGGAUUGCAGCGUUUGCGAGCGGCGAUGGAUGUGGACGUCUCGCAUCUUCGCGGGAAGUGUUCGGCGUGCGAUAAGAUUCAAGAGCGACAGGUGAAUCCGGCUUUGAAGCUCUCAGACGUCUUACGCGUGCUCUUAGUUCUUAACGAGAUCGAGGAUCCGAAUGAGUUCGCUGAGCUCCCGCCCAAGGCGGUGGCGUCCGAGUGCGUGGUGCGUCUGAUUAAGAUGGCGGAUUCUCCCAAGCCGGCUCCCGAGGACAUGCCCGUGGACACGUCCACAGUUUCACUAAAACCGAGGGACGAUCGUCGACGCGAUGACCGUGGGUCUUUCGACCGGCGACCGAGGGGUAGCUCUGAGGGCGGUCGAGGCCGCGGUUACGGGCGCAAUUUCGGUGAUGACCGUCGCGGCUUCGAUCGACGCGACGACCGUCGCGGCUUCGAUCGACGCGAUGAUCGCGGUCGAUACGGUGAUCAAGAGGACUCUGGCUACCGCAGGCCCGAACGUCCUGAGUUUGGCGCUCGAUGGGGCGACGAAGACAGAGGUGGCCGCGGACGCUCUCGCGAUUUCGGUGGAGGUGGUCGAGGACGCGGUCGAGAUUUUGACGGUCGCGGUCGCGGACGUCGAGAUGAUUACGACAAUCGUCGAAGCUUCGAUCGACGCGAUGAUCGGGGUAGAUCCGGUGAUCGAGAGGAAUCCGGGUACGGAAGGCGCGAGCGCUCCGAAUUCGGCUCUCAAUGGGGAGAUGAAGGCAAACGAGGCGAUUUGGGGAGAGAGCGCGACUUUGGCGGUCGCGGUCGCGGUCGUGGUCGCGAUUUCGGCGGUCGCGAUUUCGGCGGUCGCGGACGCGGUCGUGGACGUCGGGAUGACUUCAACGACCGUCGAGACUUCGAGCGACGCGAUGACCGCGGGCGCUUCGACGACAGAGACGACUCAAGAUCUCGAGAGUUUGGCGCUCGAUGGAGCGACGACGGUGGGCGAGGCGGGCGAGGCGGCCGAGGUUCGAGAGAUCGUGAUUUCAGCGACCGACCGCCUCGACGUUCGUUUGACCGGGACGAACGACGACCGUCGUACGACUUUGAAGGUAACCGUGAUCGUCCAAAUCGUCCGAGUUUCGAUGAUCGUCGAGACCGAAGGGACUCCCCGCCGAGAUUCGAGCGCUCUGACGACUCUCGACCGCGCCGUCCUGCCCGCGACUAUCGCCGCCCCGACGACGUCCAACUCUGGCGCGCCGAUACUCCCACCAACGAUGACAACGAUUGGUGA